GGAUUUCGAACGAAUCCACACAGUGCAUGCCGAGCAUACAUCGCACAGCUAUGUUACACUAUGCCUUAAUUAGUUCAUUGGUGCUGAUUUGUUGUCAAAGGGCCUGGGGCUCGGAGAAGAAAGGCGUCGUUAUCAACAGACACGACUUCCUGUGCGAUGACUUCAAGGUCCUUAAUACUUCGUGGUGGUACGACUAUCAGAGUGACGUGAGCUACUAUCACCAGCACAAGCACUGUCCCGAUAUCGACGCGCACUUGAACAAGCAUGUGUCCAUGGUCUGGGGGAAGCACAAUAACCUGACUUUUCCCGCGCACACAUCAGCGAUCCUGUUAUGGAAUGAGCCCAACUUCCACUCCCAGGCGAACAUUACCCCGGCCGAUGCCGCCCUGAUAUGGCCGGAGGUAGAGAGGAACUCUCAUGGUCGCCCCCUCGUGAGUCCCGCGGCGUCCCCUUGCCAUACCACGUCUAAGUGUAUAGGCGACUCGAUCGAUUGGUUCGAUGAAUUCUUCCGGCUCUGUACUGGAUGUAGAAUCGAUUAUCUCGCCACGCAUUCGUACGCCUGUCACGGUAACACGACGAUGGCGUACCUAAAGAAGCUCUAUGACAGAUACCACAAGAAAAUCUGGCUGACUGAGUUCGCUUGUCCGCUAGUGAAUGACCCGCACAAACAGUUACAGUAUAUGCAGGAAUUACUUCCGCAGUUGGAGGCUGCGCCGUUCGUGUACAGAUAUUCCUGGUUCAAGGCGCGAGUCCUUGUGUCUGGUCACGUGACAACGGCCUCGACCUUGCUGCACUCAACCACGUCCGCUCUAUCGGCUGUCGGACAGUAUUACAUGAACUUCGAGCCGUACGGACACCAGAUCGUCGGCUGAACACGCUUGACUAGCACAAAGUGACCAAGUCAUGCGGAUGUCAAACAUAUAUUUUCUAGAAAAUACUGACAGAAUAAACUGGUCGUUUCCUUGUUUAUGUACAAGCACUUAAUGAAGAAGAUCAGGACCAGUUUUCACAAAGUUCUUUGGUAAAACCUUAAAUUUAGAUUGUGAUAAGAGUUAAAAAAAAACAAUUCCGUAAGUUCAUUACUGGUUUUGAUCCUUUGUUAUACGACAAUAAUCGCAGAGAUUAAAAUUUUGUUUAUAAUUAUAUAUACGUUGUUAUAUGAAUGUUUAUUAAGCAGUUUGUUUUGUCACAUGCACGGAUUGGUCAUGAUUUGUCAAUAAAAUUCAAAAGUGA